UCUCAGAAAGCUACCGAAGCCUCGUUCAGAGCAACAGAACACCUGAUAAAGAAGAAGAAGGCAUUUACAGAUGGAGACCUUUUCAAGGAAACGAUGAUGAUAGUUCUGAACACUGUGCUUAAAGACGAGAAAUAUGGGAAGGAAGUGCUCUCUUCUGUAGCUGAUGUUCAAAUGGGGGCAAGCACAAUGGUCAGGAGAGUGACAGCAAUGUCCGACAACUUGACUGAUCAGCUGGACCAGGAUCUCAGGGAGUGCAGGUGGUUCAGCAUCCAAUGUGAUGAGUCCAUCGACAGCAGCAGCACGGCGCAGCUGAUGAUGUUUGUUCGGAUGGUGUUUCAAGAUUUCUCUACAAAAGAGGAACUUCUCACACUACUCCCCCUAAAAACCAGCACAAGGGGGGUUGAUAUCUACAACGCGGUGAAGGAGUUUUUCAACAACAGAAACAUACCACUGGAAAAGCUGGUGUCGAUUACCACCGAUGGGGCUCCUGCGAUGACCGGACGGCAUGCAGGGUUCAUCGCGCUCUGUAAAAGCGACCCAGCGUUCCCGAAAUUCGUACAGUACCACUGCAUCAUUCACCAGCAGGCCUUAUGUGCAAAGGUGAUCGGCUUCGAGCACGUAAUGACUCCUGUUGUGAGGAUCAUAAACAGCAUCCGUUCCAAAGCUAAACAACACCGAAGUUUCAAGGUGAUGUUGGCGGAGCUGUCGGCUGAAUAUGGGGACCUGCUUCUCCACACGGACAUCCGAUGGCUCAGCAGAGGACGGAUUCUGCUCCGGUUUUUGUCGCUGUUGAGGGAGAUCAAAGAUUUUAUGAAAUCUAGAGACGAAGACACAUCGCUGCUGGAGGACGUUGCGUGGCUACUAGACCUGGCAUUUCUGACGGACAUUACUGGAAAACUGAACAAUCUGAACUGUGCGCUGCAAGGCAAAGGUAAGACUGUUGCCGACAUGAUCAGUGCUUUAAAUGCGUUUAAAGCACAGAUGAGCAUUUUCUCUGCGCAUUUACAGAGAAAAAAGGUGCUGCACUUCCCCUCUUUGCAGAUGGUGCUGAACGACAAUACCUCUGCGUCUGAGAUUUUUGGCAACGCUGCCGAAAAAUACACUCAAGUCAUAAACAGGGUUGGGCAAGAGUUUGAGAAUAGGUUUUGUGACAUUGAUAAACUUGAGCCAUGUGUGUCGUUCGUUUCGAAUCCAUUUAUAAACGUGGACACAACGUCCAUUGCUGAGCAACUAAGUGCAAUGUUCAGCUUGGAUGCUGGGCAGGUGGAAAUAGAAAUAGUGACACUGCAGAAUGACAUUCGCCUCAAAGCCCACCAGGCUGCAGCAAACUUUUGGGGCCUUGUUGAUACUGAAAAGUACAGUGGUCUGUGCACAGCAGCAAUGAAGGUUGCCAGUCUGUUUGGGUCUACCUAUCUUUGUGAAUCAGCCUUUUCUGACAUGAAUUUCAUAAAAAACGAACACAGAACACGGCUCACUGAUGCACAUCUGCAAGACUCACUCAGACUUGCAGUGUCAAAUUACAGCCCAGAUUACGAGGCCCUGGUUGCCAGCAUGCAAUGCCAGGCUUCCCAUUAAAACUUAUGAAAGAUUGUGAUGGAUUAAAUAGGCCUAUAAAUACUUUUGUUUAAUGUUAUGUUGUUCUGUUUGAUGGUGAUUACAGUGAAAUAGAAAUAAAGUGCUGAUUUUGA